GAAGAAACGGCCUCUUCUCCCGCGCGCGUGUCACCCUCAUCACACCGAACCCAGAACAAUGCGCGCUGAUAUCUUCUGGUCUGCUGUGUGGAGUUCUUGCUUCAUCGGGGGCGUGAUCCUCGGGAGCACCGGGCCAGCCAAGACCUUGGCCUUCGGUUCAUCAUCGCCAAGCCUUCGUGGAAGCAGUUCUAUUCAGUCAAAGCCGUCACAGCCGUCUGAGACCAUUGUCCAGCGCAAGGACGAGACCGUUGCUGCCGAAAAGGACAUCAAAGCGUCAAUCAGCACCAAGCAGCAGGAGGAAGAAGAACCCGGCGCAACAGGGGGAGACGAAGACGCUGCUGCCUCCAUCACCCCCCCCACCAAGAACCGUUCCCUGGGUUCUGAACCGGACGGCGAUCUCGACUCCAGCUUAGACGAGAGUCUCGUUGACGACAACGAGCCAUCGCUGAGUGCGUACGGUCUACCACGGAGCAAGAUCGCCCAGCGACUCAACAGGCUCAACGGAGGGCUGUGGGGCCCCACCGAGGAAGAAGAGAGAGAGAUCGCCAAGGAACUAGCGGCUCUGCGCGAGGAGGAUCCCUCGUCGUCCCAAGAUGGCGACAUCGAGCUGCUCUACUACUCUUACGACUACGACUUCGAGGACGGUGGACUGUCGUACAGCUACGAGAUGCACAACUUCUGAGCGGGGGGGGGUGACUGACGAUACAAGCUGGAGAGGCGGUUAAGUGUCGGCCGGUUGCUUCGAGCCGUCACGGGUCGUGCUUCUUUGGAGAUUCUGCCGAUAUACCGGGGGGUGCGUACAGUAGUGCCCGUUGAAAGGCCACGCACGGUGGGGGACGAGCAUGUCGCGCGCUCCUCUCUCCCUAUCCAUUCCUCCCCUGGAAGAGUGGUUGGCGGAGAAGAGCGGGGAUAGGUCAACGACACUCGGACACUCUGGCUGGCGGAGUUCGCCUUUCUACGUUGCCCGUUCAGAUGUUUUGUUCGUACAAUGUGGUGGCAUCGUUGUAUAGUAGAGAGGAACAGCGUCUGUUUUUUGCCGGAUAAACGUCAGCUCCCUUGGGAUGAUUGACUUACGAAAUCGCAGGCUUUUAGUAAAACAUUGUUGUGUCCCCUUGGCGUCCAUUUACAAUAACGAAUUUUUUAUGCCCUUCACGCGUGUUUACCUUCAAGGGCGGAGCAAAAGCGAAGACCUUUGUUAUGUUCAGUCUUCUUCUUUUCAGUCUUCUUCUGGAGGUUUAUGUGGAUGCAUACUCUAUUAAGUGUUUGUUUUGUGCUGUGGAUUUGAGCGUCGCUAUUUCGUUGUGAGCUGCACUUUUUGUCGCUAUUUUGUUGUGAGCUGCACUUUUUUUCGUCGCGCUCUCAAUUGUUGGUGUUAUAAUCUUAUUCUUGGCACUUGCUGUGUCGUUUUCUAAUCUUAUUCUUGGCACUUGCUGUGUCGUUUUCUCUUGUGGUGUAGUCUAAAUUUAAAACUGAUUUGUCUCACGCGUGAUUUAGUUUCUGCAUGCAUGCGUGUCGUGUUUGUUCUCUUGCAGUUGGUUAGCUUGUGACGGUGUUGCAGUCGGUUUUACAGAUGACCGCAGUGUGCUCGGGUACAUAUAUGAAAGCUGGCGGAAUAGUGGGGGGUGUGCGCAUGGCAGGCUCCUAAAUAGUUGUUGGGGACGGGAGGCACUAGUC